AUGCACUGUCCAUCUCCUCCCUCCCUGGCAUACCUUGCUCCUCGCUCAGUCUUUUUUGCUGGACUGCUGCUUCUGGUCCAUUGGGGGCCCUCAGAGGUCAGUUGCCAGAAUGACACAGAGCCAAUCGUGUUGGAAGGAAAGUGUCUGGUGGUGUGUGACUCCACCCCAACUGCCGAGCCCUCGGGUAACGCUCUUGGCAUGUCGGUGAGGUCGGGAACUGGUCGGGUGGCAUUUUCCGCCAUCCGAAACACCAACCACGAACCCUCAGAGAUGAGCAACCGCACCAUGACCAUCUACUUUGAUCAGAUCCUCGUAAACGUUGGCAGCCAUUUCGAUCCAGCAAGGAGUAUCUUCGUGGCCCCCAGGAAAGGAGUCUACAGUUUCAGCUUUCAUGUUGUCAAAGUUUAUAACCGGCAGACAAUACAAGUGAGUUUAAUUCUCAACGGCUGGCCGGUGAUUUCCGCCUUCGCAGGUGAUCAGGACGUUACCAGAGAAGCUGCCACCAAUGCCGGGCUGGUGAUGAUGGAGAGGGGGGACAAGACUUAUCUCAAACUGGAGAGGGGGAACCUGAUGGGGGGAUGGAAGUACUCCACUUUCUCUGGGUUUCUGGUGUUCCCCUUGUAG